UGCUUUACUCCACUGCUCGGCUCUAUCUGUGCGGAUCCACCUUAAUUCAUUUGCGCAUUAAUACUCUGUUUAUCCGCAAUAAAGUCACAUCCAGCGGGACCGCGCGUUCCUGUUCCACCUUAAAACCGAGCGCGUUAUAUAGCCGGCGUGGCUCUGCUGGUAUGAGCUAACCCAGCCGAACAUGGAGACCAAACCGUUUUUAUCACUGGGGUUUCUGAAGCCCCAGUGCUCGUUGGCGCCACCGUCUCAGAGAGGCCGCUCGGGGGAAUCCUGCUCCUGUUUCACUGGCAUGUGUCCACUCCAUCAGCGCCGAAUCUCCACAGACUCUCAUGUGACCUCGUCUCCUCUGAGCUCUCCUACGUCUUACCGACCCACGCACCCUCAUUUACUGAGCCCGUCCUCCAUCGGGGCCUCCGGAUCCCUGCACUCUCCCAUCAGCACGCUCAGCUCCUCGAUGAACGGCCUGGGCUCACCCUUCUCCGUCAUCAGCUCGCCCAUGGGGCCGCACUCCAUGGCCUCGCCGGGGAUGGGGUACGGGCCCAGCGUAAGCCCACAGAUGUUGCAGUUAAACUCGCCCAUGAACUCCGUUAGUAGCUCAGAAGACAUCAAACCUCCGGUGGGCUUAAACGGCAUGAUGAAGAUGCCAGCGCAGUCCACCGGCAUGCCCAUCUCCCUCACCAAACACAUCUGUGCCAUCUGCGGCGACCGCUCCUCCGGUAAACACUAUGGCGUCUACAGCUGCGAGGGCUGUAAGGGAUUCUUUAAGAGGACGGUGCGGAAAGACCUGACCUACACCUGCCGAGACAACAAGAACUGCGUCAUCGACAAGCGGCAGAGAAACCGCUGCCAGUACUGUCGCUAUCAGAAAUGCCUGGCCAUGGGCAUGAAGAGAGAAGUUCUUUUGCACACAGCCGUUCAGGAGGAGCGUCAGCGAGCCAAGGACCGAAAUGAAAACGAAGUGGAGUCCAGCAGCAGCGCCAACGAAGACAUGCCCGUAGAAAAGGUUCUGGAGGCCGAGCUGGCCGUCGAGCCCAAGACCGAGACCUACAUCGAGACUAACCUGGGCGUGCCGUCCAACUCGCCCAACGAUCCCGUCACUAAUAUCUGCCAAGCGGCCGAUAAGCAGCUCUUCACCCUGGUGGAGUGGGCCAAGAGGAUCCCACACUUCUCCGAACUGCCUCUGGACGACCAGGUGAUCCUGCUGCGGGCAGGCUGGAAUGAGCUGCUCAUCGCAUCGUUCUCACAUCGCUCUAUAGCUGUAAAGGACGGCAUUCUGCUGGCCACUGGGCUCCACGUACACAGGAACAGCGCCCACAGUGCUGGUGUGGGAGCCAUAUUCGACAGGGUGCUUACAGAGUUGGUGUCUAAGAUGAGGGACAUGCAGAUGGAUAAAACAGAGCUGGGCUGCCUGCGAGCGAUAGUACUCUUUAAUCCAGACUCCAAAGGCUUGUCGAACCCCGGCGAGGUGGAAGCUCUGAGAGAGAAGGUGUAUGCGUCUCUGGAGGCCUACUGCAAACAGAAGUACCCUGAACAACCUGGGAGGUUUGCCAAGCUGUUGCUGCGGCUGCCUGCGCUGCGUUCCAUCGGCCUCAAGUGUCUCGAGCACUUGUUCUUUUUCAAGCUCAUCGGAGACACGCCCAUCGAUACCUUCCUCAUGGAGAUGCUGGAGGCACCCCACCAAAUGACGUAAAGACAUCACGCCCGCCUGUUGGCCUGGAAGAUUAAGACUGAUCUGAGCAGGAUGACUGGAAGGUUUUCAGAUCUUCGAAUUACACCUCUUCUUCUGUUUUGUACCUUGUAUAAAGAUAUAUAUAUAUAUAUAUAUAUAUAUAGGACUUGAAUGGAAAAAGAGGUGGCCGGACCCAAAGGCAGCAAACGAUACAGGACGUACUGAACCAACUGUGUGUGGGUCAUCGGGAAAAAGAGGAAAACACAACAUAACUCGGCACAAAUAAACUACAGUACCGUUAACAGACCCAGAGCAUGAUGAUGGAAUUGGCACUUUGAAUGUGUGACUAAUAGAAAGGAAAACCUUUUUUCUGCGAUGUGUGUUGGAGAUGGACCCGAGAGCCCAGCACUAUAAAAGAAAUCGUUCAUAAUGACUGACUAGCAGCAAUGCUUGGAUUAUCGAACACCUGGGUGUUAUUGAUAUGAGCAAUACCGUCCCACUGUUUCAACAGACACUUAUGAAAAUGAACUUUAUUGUUGGGUCUCUGUUCUCAUUGAUUUUUCACUGUGGAUGGAUCUGCUCUAGAUUGUCACUAAAGCAACGGCAGUACACUUUAAAAUCGGAAUCCGAAACCUCUUAAGAAUGGCUCAUCACUUAUCGCAACAUCACUGCCGCACUCAGUAUUCAUGUUUUACAACAGUACCUCUCUUUAAUGUUACACGUUCAGUCUGUCGGUGGUUCUUAACCAUUCCUCGUCCUCUAGUUCUGCUUUCAGUUCACAAAAUGUCUUUCCUUCUAAGCACUUAUGUUCUACAUAUUCCAGAUCAGCACUAGUCUGAUCCUUAGCUGUUCGCUGAUGCUAGUGCUUGUGUUGGGACUAUGCGGACCAAUCACCACCGUGACCUGCACUUCUCUUGGCAAACCAAGUGUCAUUUCUGUCUGUCGAGUGUGACAGUGUUGAGCUUUGGUGCGGUCUGAUGUUCUUUACUUUGUCCAAUGCUGCUGCUUAACUAUGCAUCUUAGCAUUUUCUCCAAAGACUGCCCACAGUGAGGUCACUAUUUUUCUCUUUUUUUUUAAAGAACUGUACAGCACGACAAGCCAACUCCAGGUCUUAAAGAAUGCUUUUGGUUGUUUUAAUCGUGUACAGGACCUGGGUGAAUCCCCCGGUGCUAAUACCAGACAGUUUGGAGAGAGUUUUGCAGUAAUUACACGGUUCAUGUUGCUAAUACAAAUCUGCAGUGAUUAAGCAUUGAUAAAAGAGUCGAGGCUUCCCCCUAGUGGAGGAGAUACAAUGUGCAGAUACUUGAAGGAGUUUAGAAAUAUAAACAGCACUUUUUACACAUUUGCCCUCCGCCAGAUAAAGGAUUAGGAUUAUAAAUAACAACAAAUGUGUAAUUAUUGAGCAGUUAAUAUGAUUAACUAAACAAACAUAAGUGAACGAUUUAUUAUUCAUGCAGUUUUAUAAAGAAAAGGAAGUAGCUCUUGAUGAGUGUAUAUAAUUCAAUCAUACUUGGUCAAGAUUGUGACAUCAGAAUUGUGUUUCAUAAAGGAGUAAGUGUACCAGCUUGGACAGGUGGUUCAGAGGGUCAGACGUCAGGCUUUAUCCUCAUUGCCACUGCAAGUGCAACUCCUGCUGUCUGGUC